CCCACCAUGUCGAACCCUACACCGGCCCAAGAAGAAUUCGCUGCCUUUCUCGACAAGAAUAGCCGUGAUUCACUGGACGGAAUACACCCCGAAGACAGAGCGAGUGCUGCUAGAGAGGCAGCUGACCACAGCGAAGACGAGGAGGAACUGUAUCGCGCGCAGAAAAUCGACGAAGCCAUGAGGAUGCCUACUAUGGACUCUCGCACAGCGUUGCGCCUCCCACCAACGUCGUUCGACGACGGCCAUUCUACUGGUGUGAAGGGUGUGAUUGCCGACGCAAGAUCAUACGAGAAUGCGCGGCAACGGACCUGGAAGGAUAAGGCGCGCGCUGUUCGCCGAAGUGUCUUUGGUCUCGAAGGAGGCAGGCACAGCGGGACCGACAGCGACGCAAGCGGAGCUGAGGACGCCGAUGAGGAAGAGUUCUUGAACCGCUGGCGGGAAAGCAGAAAGAGAGAGCUGGAGGAGGAGAGCAGGAAUCCUGUGCGGAACAGGAGGACAAGCCCAAGCGUCAGGAUGUAUGGCCGUUUCGAGGAGGUUGAUGCUCUUGGCUAUCUGGACUCGAUAGAAAAGGUUGGGAGGGAAACAGUUGUUGUGGUGUUUGUCUAUGACCAUCAGAGCGAAGUAUCAGCGGCAAUCGAAUCAGCCCUCGUCCCCCUCGUCUCAACACAUCCCACUGUUCGGUUUGUCAAAGUACACUACGAGGAAAUCGAAUUCGACAACGCCGGUGUACCGGCGGUGUUGGCCUACCGCAACCAAGGCGACCUUUUUGCGAACCUGACUGGCAUACUGGAGUUGAUCCCAGAUGAGGAUGACUUCGACACGGAUGCCCUCAAGAGGAUCUUUACCAAGCACAACAUUUUGUGA